AUGCGGUGGCGGCUGCUGUGGCUGCUCAGCGCCGCCGCCGCCGGCUGCUGCUGGGGCCUCGCCGCGGGCAAGACGCUGCGGGGCGGCUUCGCUAGCGCCGCCGCCCGCCGGGAGCCGUGGCGGCCCGUGGCGCACUUCCAGUUCCACGGUGACCAUGCUGUUCUGUGUGUCAGAAUCAAGAAUGUAGCAGUAGCUGUGGCAAAAGCAGCUAGACUUCACCUCUUUCAAGCACAGGAAUGGCAGAAGCUGGAGAACAGUGUCCAAGACCACAGCUGUACAGAGAAGUUCUCUAAAGCUCAGCUGACAAUGACUGUGAACCACACAGAGCAAAAUCUGACAGUGUCCCAGAUUCCUUAUCCGGAAACAUGGUAUGUGUUUUAUGUAGACAAGUUUACCUGCGAAGAGAAUUAUUCUGAAUCCGAGGAUAUUCAGUUUGAAAUGGUCUUACUAAACCCAGAUGCAGAAGGGAAUCCAUUAGAUCACUUUAGCGCAGGGGAAUCUGGAUUACAUGAAUUCUUUUUCCUGCUUGUCCUAGCAUACUUCAUAACUGCAUGCAUAUAUGCACAAUCCCUGUGGCAAACAAUUAGGAAGCGUGGACCUAUGCAUGGUGUAUUAAAGGUGUUGACAAUUGCAUUACUGUUGCAGGCUGGUUCAGCAUUUGCCAACUACCUGCAUUUCUCAAGUUAUUCUAGAGAUGGGAUAGGAGCUCCUUUUAUGGGAAGUCUGGCAGAAUUGUGUGACAUAAUCUCACAGAUACAGAUGCUGUACUUAUUGUUGAGUCUGUGUAUGGGUUGGACAAUAGGCAGAAUGAAGAAAUCUCAUGGCAGACCUCUUCAGUGGGAUUCCAGUCCAGCGUCUACUGGCAUUGCUGUAGUAGUUGUUGUUACACAGAGCUUUUUGUUAAUUUGGGAGCAGUUUGAAGAUACAAAUCACCACAGCUACCAUUCACACCAUGGCUUGGCGAGCGGGCUGCUCAUUGGCCUCAGAGUCUGCCUAGCUCUGUCCCUGGCUGCUGGGCUGUACCAGAUUAUCACAGUGGAGAGAAGCACACUGAAAAGGGAGUUCUACAUCACCUUUGCCAAGGCCUGCAUUCUCUGGUUUCUGUGCCACCCAUGUCUUGCAACCAUUGCUGUAAUAUUCAGAGAAUAUCAAAGAGAAAAGAUUAUUACCAUAGGUGUUAUCCUCUGUCAGUGCAUCUCCAUGGUUAUCCUCUACAGACUUUUUCUAUCUCAUAGUCUAUAUUGGGAAGUAUCUUCAUUGUCAUCAGUGACAUUGCCACUAACAAUAUCCUCUGGACAUAAAAAUCGACAUCACUUCUGAGAUGUUUAGGAAGAAUACAUUACGUAAUAAAUGUGCAAUAAUGACUUGAAUAUGCAGGUAUUUUGUCACAAGUGUAUAUGAUACAUUGGUUUCACUGGAAAACUGAGUGAUAAUAUCAAAGCACUUCACAGACCUUUGGUCUGACAAGAUUCCUAGAUUAAUGUGUUUAAAAAUAUUGUGGAGUUGAAUACUGAAGAGUAUUGAAAAAUAUUGAAGAGUUUUAUAGAUACUGUUUAACAAGUGGUGCUGAGUUGUAUCACAGAAGAGUACAAUGAAUCUUUUCUCUCCCAUUCACGGACAGGAAAAAUGCCAUUACUUUGUGUCAGUACUAGGUUUGAAGGUCUUAUAAAAUGGAGUUCCUAAAACAUCUACAUGCUCAACAAAAAAUGCCAUUACUUUGUGUCAGUACUAGAUUUGAAGGUCUUAUAAAAUUGAGUUCCUAAAACAUCUACGUGCUCAAACAAGUUUAAAAUAGGCCAGUUGUGAAAUUGGUGUGAUGCAUAACGAUGAGUAAAAGGGUUUUUUUGUUUUCAUGCUUUAGAGAAAAUGCAUUUUAUGUAUCGGUGUAAAAGAUAGGGAAAGAAAGGAGGGAGAAUCAUCUAGAAAACAUAUGUAAAAUGUUCACAACUGACUGCAAGAAACCUUCCUUUAUCAUGGGUGUAAAAGAAAAGCCUUUUUUGCAUCUAAUGUUCAUACUGGUUAAAAUCCUAAUGGGAAUGUAAAUAGGGUUUAUGUCUUCCUUUUUAAAAAAAAAAGUAAAUGUAACUAAAAAUUCCAUCCAGUAAUCAAGGUCUGAACAGUUUUUGAGGCUUGGAAUACAUAGCAACAUAAAGGUAAUUAAAACAGCAGCCUUGCAUCUUUUAAAGGAGAAAAAAAAGGCAAAGAAAAUGGAAUGGGUGAUGUGGUACUAGAAUUUUAAUCCUGAUAUAAUUCAUUUCUGUUACAUUGAGGAUUCAAUCAUAAUUAAGCCAUAUACACAGAUUAAAUUAACAGAAGCAUUUCAAAUAAAUGUUGGUUUCAGUCAUCAACUACCCAUGAAUUCCUGCCCAAGGAUACUUAAUCAGGAUUAAAUUUUCUAUGAAUAAUUGAAAAACAAAAUACUCACUGGAUUUGUUAUAAUCCAUGUUGGCACUGGGUUCUAAGUAGUUGCCAUCUUCCAUCCAUUGUAAUAAAGCCAUUCUACUUUGUGAUGCCCUAGCAUCCAGAAAGCCAGUGUAAAUAUAUACUUUAUUGAAGUGCCUAUUUAUAGAGUAUGAUUAAAUCAUGCUGACACUUUUUUUCUUUCAUAAUAAGAACAUACCUUUUGCCAUUGUGAGUGAAAUUUUUCAUUUUGGAUUUAGCUUAGUUUAAACUUCAUACAUGUGUGUUUCUUCACAAAGUGGAUUUUAUUUUCUAGUAAAUCAAUGUUUGCUUCUUCUUAACAGUGUGCAUUUGAUUAUGUCUCUGUGAAAAUGUGAAGACACUGGUUCUAUCUUUAAAAUAGCCCUAAGUUUUCCAUUUAUCUUUGCCUCAUUUGUGAGCAUAGUUGAAACAUAAGUCUGUUCCAUUUUAGUUUAGAGGCAAAACUAGAUAUUUGCCUUUGACUAAGGCAAAAUGGCAACAUGACAAAGUUGCUCAUUAAAUCAUCUCCUUUCUUAUUGUUUGUAAUUCAGAUCAAGAAUGGCAGGUUGAGGCUGGAAAAGAUGAGAUAUUAUGAUUUCACACCAUCUUUAGAAUGAUUAAAAGAUUAAUUAUUACAUUCCUCUGAUAACCACACAAAAAUAUUAUUGGUUAAAACUUCAGUCUUUAUUUCCUUGCUUAUCUCUGUACUUUUCAUCUUCUCAAGAAAAAAGCAUCCUGGUUUUGAUAAGUCUCCAAUAAUGUAGUAAAAGAGUUCUAUCUGUCCUCAUGUAUAAGACUUCAAAUUCACACAUAAAAUAGAAUUUUCCGAUAGACACAAGUACUGCUUUACAGUUUAUGAUCCAUCAUGAUAAAAGUUUUAAUCUAUGCAAAAAAACCUCUAUGUGACUUUCAGAAGAGGCACUCCACUUGUUUUGUUCUCCAGAAGUACUGUCUUACUUCCUGUAGUUCUUCUGACUUGCCUUGGUCAGUAUUAUGAUGCCAUUUACCUUCUUUUCACUUUAUAGAUAUACCCCACAACAAAUCAUGGUUCAUUAGUAUAGGCAUGAAAUAUAAAGUGAUGUCUUUUGCAUCUUUCCCACAUUGCCCCAUAGGUCAACAGUUUCUUAGUUUGGCAUUGGAUCUAGUUACUUGGAAAUAAAUUUUAAUUUUGCUAUUAAUGUACUGUAGCAAUGAAGUAUCACUUUCUCAGGGGAAGUGGCACAAAGGGUCUCUUUAAAUAAUAUUAAAUUUAUUAUUAAAUAAUAAAUGCACACUGUAGUAGUAUGUCACUAUGACUGCGGUAAUAUUCAGUUUAUAUGGUAUAUACAGGAUAUCUUGGGGAGGUAGGAAAUCUUCAAGUAUGACUAAUGGACAAAGCUUCAUACUUAACCUGUACUCUGUGUUGUAACUUACUGCCUCUGAUUGUGCCUGAGGAGUGGUUCAAGUAUGUAAAAGUCUCUCUCUUCUUUCUAACUUACAUCUCCUGGGAGAACAGCUGAUAAGACCUUGCUUUUUUCCUGCUUAUCCACACUGUUACCCAUUCUAUCAAUUUGAUUUCAUAACUUCAUCUUGAAAAAACAGCUUCCAGCCUUCUUCCAGUUGUCCUCAAUCUGUGCAUCUCAACUUGAAAACUUCUAAAAUGUGCUUUCUGUCACCUCCAAACAAAAAAAAAAAAAAAUACUAAUUUUCUGUCACACACUGAGGCUUUUGUGUGCAUCAGCUGGUGCUGCACCCUACAUCAGGACUGCGUUAGGUGACAGUAGGGGACAGAAGCACUCCUCCAGUGUGCCCAUAGCCCCAGUGUGUACGAGGUGUGGGCUUGUGCCUGCUGCCGUGCAUGUGGGGAAUGUUCGGGGAGAGCUUCAGCAGUUGCAGGCUCCCUGACACCUCACUGCUGCGCGGGGCUGAAGCAGGCUCCCCCUGAAGGCAGCAGUGCCCCUGCUGACCAUGGUGACCAGCACUGUUGAGGUCAGAGGACAGCAUCUCACCUGAGAAUUUCUGUGCAUUGUGCAGUUCUGUUUUAAAUACAGUUGGGGUUACAGUGUCUGCUCAUUCUAUGGCCUGUGUGUUUCAGUGCUUGCAAAAUAGGAGUGUAUAUUGACAAGACUGCAAACUGAAGUUGGUUGUGCUCUGAAGAAAUCCACUUCUCUGUGUGAGAGGGCAUCACUUGGCCAGCCAUUACCAUUUCUGCAGAUGCCAGUUUGUGUCAGCUGUGAUUUACUGGUUGGGAGGGAGGAUCUCAGUGCAGUAGACAAAAGGGUGAGAUCACCACCUCGAUCUACAAGACCCCCCCACAAGCUCUCAGGAGGGAUCUUCCUGCAUUGCUCCUCACCAGCAGGGGAGACUGGAGCAGUUUUGGGCCCCAUCACAAGUCUCCUCAGCUAUUCACUCCCCUUCCACAUAGACUGUGUUUAUUGUAUAUUUAUUUAAAGUGCUUCAGGUAGGAAAAUGAAUAUUUACAAUUAAAUAUAUGUAAAUGGAAGUGGAAAGACUUGAUUGGAAAAAUACCAAGUUUCUAAUACAUAUUACAAUACUAAGACCUCCCACACAAGAUAAAUGUUUAUAGCCAGAUCUAAAUGAAUAUUUCUUUCUGGUUCCUGUGCCAGUGGAAAGCCAUGGAAGUAUGAAGAUCUUUUUGUUUGCAUCUUAGUCCUCUUCAGAACUGGAAGAAUGCUUUAUUUGAUUUGGUUUUAGUUUAUUCUGUGCAAUGUCCUGCCUCUAAUUGAUAGAAUAAAUGUAUGGGGCUAGCCAACACUGAUGUUAGGCUGUACCUUUUAACUCUU